GAACCAGCAUAUUAUGUAUGAUUAAUUCUACUUGAUACUACUUCUCAAAAUGGAGCACCAAAACCGUAUUUCGUUCUUCGUCACGCUGAUUUGUGUUUAUUUCCUGGUUGAUUUUGUGAAAGCCUCUGAAGUUCACUCUAAAGCAGACAUGAUUAAUGCGGCCAUCCAAAAUAGAUCCAUCCUGGACCAAGGUGGUAUUGGACAUGAUGCAUGUGCAGGCAUUUUAGGGCCAAAUUGGCAGAACGUGACCAAGCAAAGAAAUAGUGUAUGCCCAAAAUUAAUUGUGUGGGUGCCAAAGAAACCAGGCUUCCGUGAGUUUGUAAAAGUAAACGAAGAACUUAAUGUUGAAGGGGGAUUCUCCAUAGCCAUAUUUUGUCAUGCUUUGCAAUUCUUGACUUUCAGCGUCGAGCCUAUCUUCAUUCCUUUCGUUAAUGAAAAAGGGGAAACCAAGGGUACCUAUGAUGACCUUCUACUCAACAUGAAAGACAAGACCUGCGAGGCUGUGGCAGGCGAUGUUACUAUACGUUUUAAUCGAACCCAAUACAUUAAUUUUACGAUUCCCUAUCUAAGCUCUGAAGUUUAUAUGCUUGUGCAUGGUGCACAUGAAUGGAACCAAACCCUGUUGACUUUCUUGAAACCUUUUACCUGGAGAUUAUGGAUCACAGUAAUUGGUGCGUGUAUCUUUAUUGGAGUUGCAAUUGCAAUUUUGGAAUACCGUGUUGGCAACCCCAAAUUUGCAAUCCCAUUCUAUCAGAAACUCGUAAUGGUCAUCUGGUUUCCUAUAUCGACAUUCUACUUCCGUGAAGGAAAGAUACUCAAUAGGUGCUCUAAAGUUGUGCUUGUUAUGUGGCUAAGUAUGAUUUUCAUAGUAGUUCAGAUUUUCACAGCCACUUUGUCCUCAUGGUUGACGCUAGAUCAAUUACGCCCCAAAUUGCCUUCAAAUUAUGAUCAUGUUGGAUAUCAAAAUGGUUCCUUUCUAAAAGAGUUUAUAAAGCAAGAAAACAAUGGUUUUGGAAAGCCAAUUCCUCUAAAAACCGUUGAAGAUUUUAAAAAUGCUUUGUCCAAUGGAAGCGUAAAUGCCGUCAUCGAUGAGCUUCCCUACAUCGAACUCUUUCUUGCCAAGUAUGGCUCUGAUUACAUGAAGUUUGGACCAAUAAAUAGAGAAUCUGGAAUUGCAUUUGCAUUCCCUCGCGGAUCUCCGUUAGUAGAUGAUUUUUCAAGGGCAGUCAUAAAUAUCACUGAAAGCAAAAUUAUGAUGGAAUUGAUAGAAAAAUAUGAUCUUGGGUUCGCUACUGCUGAUAAAUCGCAACCGAAUCAACCCCAUCCACAAAGCCUUGAUGUUCAGAGUUUUAUUGGUUUAUUCAUAUUCAUGAGCAGUGUGACUAUAGCUGCCAUCAUCUGGUCAGAAAUCUCCCUAAUGUAUGGAAACAGUAAAGUUGCUCCCCUUGCAUCAACAGUUAAUUCGAUGCAUCUACGACAUUCUACAGAUUCUCUGGCCAACCAAUUAUAAUGAACCAGAUUUUUUAAGAUGGAGCAUGUAAUUCUAGCCUAGAUAGGAAGUUCUUACGUUUUCAAAA